UUAAAGUUGGUAACUUGAGAUUGAUUACUCGAAAUGUGCUUUUCUUACAUCAUUAUAGGAUAAGCCUGUCGAACGUUAACGAAAGUUAUGGCUUACAGAUUCGUCAUAAAUACUAGAAAACUCGAAAGAACUUUAUUUAAAGUUCUUCUUCAAUCAAAUUUUAAGUAUUCUCAGGUUCAACAAAACAUCAAACAUCUUCAUAAUAACCAUGGAAAUAUUUCAAUUUCGGCAUUGCUUACUCAGUGGAGGAACUAUUGCGAGAAACCACCAAAAGGUUUUGAAAAAUAUUUUCCAAAGAAUAAAAAGCCUUCGCCAACUGAAGAGAAAUCUGCAAAACCGUCUAAACAAUCAGAGAAAGAUCAGCCGAAAGAAGCUCCUUCAAGAAGCAGUUCGAGUCCAGGUCCAGGAAAGCCAUUUGAUUAUGAAUUUAACUUUAGUUUUGGAGGUGGAAAGGGCUCUAAUAAUCAAAACAAAUUAAUGACGAUUGCCUUAAUCAGUACUCUUGGAAUAUUAGGACUACUAGCCUUUAACGAAAUGCGUUACAAAGAAAUUACUUGGAAAGAAUUUGUUAAUUCAUAUUUGGGGAGAGGAAUAGUUGAAAAAUUAGAAGUUGUAAAUAAAAAAUGGGUUAGAGUAAAAUUAUUACCUGGAAAUAUGACUGAAGGAAAUAAUAUUUUAUGGUUUAAUAUCGGCAGCGUCGAUACUUUCGAAAGAAAUCUAGAAAAUGUCCAGUUAGAGAUGAAUAUAGAACCUCCUAAUUUUAUACCAGUUGUCUAUAAGAGUGAAAUGGAUGGAUCAAAUGUUACUGGCAUGCUUCCGACUAUAUUACUAUUUGGAUUCAUAUUUUGGUUGAUGAGACGUUCCAGUGGAUUAAUGGGAGGCGGAGCUACAAGAAGAGGAAUGGGACUUUUCGGAAUGGGAGAAACUACUGCAAAGUUGAUAAAUCCAGCAGAAAUAGGUGUAAAAUUUAAAGAUGUUGCUGGAUGUGAAGAAGCCAAACUAGAAAUUAUGGAAUUUGUAAAUUUUUUGAAAAAUCCACAACAGUACAUUGAAUUAGGAGCAAAAAUUCCAAAGGGAGCCAUUCUGACAGGACCUCCAGGCACUGGUAAGACUCUGCUGGGCAAGGCCACUGCCGGAGAGGCCAAUGUUCCCUUCAUUACGGUAUCCGGCUCUGAAUUUUUAGAAAUGUUUGUCGGUGUGGGUCCAUCUCGCGUUAGAGAUAUGUUCUCUUUGGCCAGAAAGAAUGCUCCCUGUAUAUUAUUCAUCGAUGAGAUAGAUGCCGUGGGAAGGAAGAGGGGCGGAAGAAGUUUUGGAGGUCAUAGUGAACAAGAAAAUACAUUAAAUCAACUUCUCGUAGAGAUGGACGGGUUUAAUACGACAACAAAUGUCGUGGUAUUAGCAGCGACUAACAGGGUGGACAUUCUUGACCAGGCUCUGCUUCGGCCAGGAAGGUUCGACAGACAGAUUUUUGUACCUGCUCCUGACAUCAAAGGAAGAGCUUCUAUAUUUAAAGUACAUUUAAAGCCUUUGAAAACUCUCCUAGAUAAGCUCGAAAUUGCUAGGAAAUUGGCCGCCCUCACUCCUGGCUUCACUGGUGCUGACAUAGCAAAUGUAUGUAAUGAAGCUGCGCUCAUCGCAGCUAGAGACUUGAACGAUACCAUUACCAUGAAACAUUUUGAACAAGCUAUAGAAAGAGUCGUUGCAGGAAUGGAGAAGAAAACAAACGUUCUACAGCCAGAAGAGAAAAAGACUGUCGCCUAUCAUGAAGCCGGUCACGCAGUGGCAGGGUGGUUUCUAGAACACGCUGAUCCCCUGCUCAAAGUUUCGAUAAUUCCCAGGGGUAAAGGUUUGGGGUAUGCCCAAUAUCUACCAAAGGAACAGUAUCUCUAUACUAGAGAACAGCUUUUUGACCGCAUGUGCAUGACGCUGGGAGGCAGAGUGUCCGAGCAGAUCUUUUUUCAGAAAAUUACCACCGGUGCCCAAGACGACCUGAAGAAGGUUACUCAGAGUGCUUACUCUCAGGUGGUGCAUUUCGGAAUGAGCGAAAAAGUGGGGCAUCUGUCCUUCGAUCUCCCCCAACCGGGUGAUGUGGUACUAGACAAGCCUUACAGCGAAGAGACGGCUCAGAUCAUCGACGCGGAAGUCAGAAAACUCGUCCAGUCGGCCUACGAUCACACGGUUGAACUUCUGACCAAACACAAGGACAACGUGGAGAAGGUGGCGUUGAGGCUGUUAGAGAAGGAGAUUCUGAGUCGACAGGACAUGAUCGAAUUGCUGGGCAAGAGACCCUUCCCGGAGAAGUCGACCUACGAAGAGUUCGUGGAAGGGACGGGAUCUCUGGACGAGGACACUGUCCUGCCCAAGGGACUGAGGGGAUGGAACCAAAGUCUAGACGAAAAAGACAAACCCGGUGACGACAAACAACAGAAAGUGGCCGAAACCUGAAACGGAAGUGUCCGAAAGGGUCUUAACGAGUCGCGAGGUCCCAUCGUCCGUUUCGCUUCGUCAAUUAGUAGUAGUAAAGUCGACCUCUGUAAUUUUUCUGUACAAAAUAAAUUUUUUGAGUAAUUCGUUUUAA